UUCAGCUCAUCAAAUACGAGCAACACGUUAUUUGACAACCCACUUGGAGCCACUUGCAGCAAAGGCCAGGGACUUCAUCUUGCCCUGGAUGUUUGGUGCAACUCUCACGUUGAAUGAGUGUACAUGAUCACUGAAGACGCGAGGUACACCCAGUAUAUUUUCAGGUUUACAAUCAAAACUACAACACAGUGGGUGAAAUAAGAGUCGGCACCAAUAAGUAGCCGACCCGAGAACUAGUGUAAGUACACUCACGAAUGUUCAGCAUUUUGCCACUGUCGGAUGUCUUGAAACAGGCCUGUUCCGACGUAAAUUGUAAUAAAAAGUGUACGUCGACACCGGAGACAAGAGAGAUGGACAUCUUGGCUGUCUUAACGCUGCUUACAACAGUGAGUUUUGCAGUACCCAAGAAGCCGACGUGUCCGACUGACGCCACGUCCUGCAGUGAAUGUAUAACCGCCAAUGUCAAGUGCGCGUGGUGCAGCGCUCCGAAUUAUUUACGGGGACCGCGAUGCCUCCCCUUAUCGAAGAUGAAGAAGGGUUCAACCUGUCCUGACGAACACGUUGUUUCACCAGAACGGACGUCGAUGGUAGUUACAAAGGCACGGGAGAUCAGACGAAACCGUCCCAUUGAACCACAGAUGAUUAACCUCAAGUUGAGACGAGGUGCCAAGGUGACCAUACCUUUCAAAGUUAAAGCUAAGACGACACCUUUGACUCUGAGGUUCCGCUACCCCCGAGGGGUGAGAAUUGUAGCACAGGCUGACUGUGUGGGAUUUGAAUUGAAGAAGAAACUUGCUACAUGUCCAACAUCAAACGGGAAUACGGUAAAUGUUACAAUGACUGUCCAUAUGAAGAGGUGCCUCCCUAAACCGAAAAAGAUCAAGGUGAUUGUUGGCAGCUUCAAGAAGAGACCCCUGAAGGUGACCCUCACCUCGCUGUGUCGCUGUGACUGCGAAAAACCGGAAGAAAAAAUCGUCCAGUCGUCUCUGUGCCGCAACAAAGGAACGUACGCCUGUGGAAUCUGCUCUUGUGAUGAGGGCGUGUACGGCAAGCACUGCGAGUGUGAAAAGAAGUACGAUCGCUGCACUGCCCCGGGUAUGAGUGAGGCGUGCUCCGGUCACGGCGAAUGCCUCUGUGGAAAGUGUCAAUGUGACGGGAUAGCCGGCAGGGAUACGCAGAUGCGAUAUACAGGGCGGUUCUGUGAGUGUGACGACACGGCAUGUGAUCUCUACCAGGGCCAACUCUGUGGAGGAAGUAGUCGAGGAUUAUGUAAAUGCGGCAAGUGCAUGUGCUUCCCUGGCUACGCCGGACCAAGUUGCGGGAUGAGCAUGGCUGUCGAUAGGUGCAGAAACCCCAAAACUUCGAUGUUGUGCAGCGGUCGAGGGCGUUGUGUCGACAACAUCUGUGAGUGUGAAGACUUGCGUGAGCGAGAAUCUGGAGGACGAAGGAUAACCGGCCAGUAUUGCCAGUGUGACAGUGGCUCCUGUAGUUAUUUUAAUGGGAAGAUCUGCGGUGGUCGUGGACGCUGUUCGUGUGGUCAGUGCAUCUGUAACGACGGCUUCAGUGGGGAAGAUUGCAGCAUCGACAUGUCUACCGACAACUGCAGGAGUCCCGUGACAGGGUUGAUCUGCAACGGCCAAGGGAGGUGUUUCAGUAACAUGUGCAGAUGCAAUUCUGACUUCCGUGGCGUUACAUGUGAUGAUUGUCCGUCGUGUCCGGGGCCGUGUCAGAGGUUGAUGCCCUGUGUCCAGUGCUUUGUCUUUGCAAGCGGAAGUCUGACCCCUGAACAGUGCAAUACAAGAUGCGGCGUCCUUGGCAUCGAAAUCGUCGACGAUGUUGCGGUGCAGGAACGUGAUGGUCCAAACUAUCGAUUAUGUAUGCUCCGCGACGAGGACAAUUGUUUGAUGAAGUUCGCCUACCUCGACACCCGUAUCAGGAGGAGUGUUCGUGUUGAAAGGAAUAGAAUGUGUUAGUGAUUGCCGCUUUACACAAUGCAGCUGCACACAGCUGCAGAAAGAGCUACGACCAGCUGUAUGCUGUGAGAAUGGGGCACAUGCGCGGCAACAACAAAACGAACUCUACGAAAAUGUACUGUGUGUAAUGCGAAGUGUCUUACAGUGUUCUACGAAAGUGUGCAGUAUCCCUUCACAUUACCCGGCCUGUCCUUCUAAUAUCCAUCUAUAGGUAGAAGAUGUUUGGUUAUAUUAUUGAUAUUUCUUGUUUCCCAUUAUUUUGUUUUAUAGUAUGAUCAGCCUAUCAUUUAGAUAAUCGCAAUUUGACUUUUAGCAUUGAUGCACUAUAUAUAGACAUUCCCUUUAAAUGUCAUCAAUUUGUGUCUGCCAGGAAACAACGACACUAUAUGUAGACAUCCUCUUUUAAUCUAAUAAAUUUGUGUCUGCCUGUAAACGAAAAAAUAUCCAAGUUGUAUCAUGAAAUACAAAAUCAUAUGAAAUUUGUGCAUGAAAUAUAAUUGAGAUACGACAUUCACAAUUAUUUAAAAAUAUCCAGAAAAAAACAACUUUUGUGGAGUGGUCACUAAUGAGUCGGGGUCAAAGUGUUUAUGAAGUUUAGUUUAUAUGUUGAUUGAGUAAACAAGCAAGUCCUAUGUUAUAUCAGCUGGUCAGACAGCGUAUAUAUAAUCUCUCACGUGUAAAUAAAAAAUAAUAUAUCGUA